AUGCACCAGAGCACUCAUCGAUCAGCCCCCCCUUCAAACCCCUCCGAGCUCUUCAAGCCGCCGGCACAACUGGUGCUCCGCGAGCCAAGACAUCAUCACGAAAAACAAAAUACAGCGCAAAAGAGGCACCACAUGGCCGCCGCCUCUGCACGCAAAGGCGCUCAUAGAAACCGCCCAGAUCCCAGAUCAGCCCAGAUUGCAUAUGCACAGUACACACGCGUGGACGGGAGAAGCACUCACCACAUCCGACCAUCUCAAGUCCCGCCCGCACCUCCAACCCCUGGCCUGCGCGUGCCGAGUCUCCAAGCGAUCAACCCCCUUCCGCCGCCGACUCCAGCCAAUCUCGACAGCCCGGCCCUCUCCGGCGCAUGGAAAGAGCCUUCCAGAUAA